AAGCUGUUGCCCCUCAUGGCGACUGAAGCCCCCAAGAAGAUCCAGUUGACCCGUAUAAGCCAUAUCUACUACAAGUACAAACCUGAAGAUGUCGACGCGGCACGGGCCUUCAUGGUGGACUUUGGCUUCUUUGAGGUGAAGCGCGAGGGGCCCCGCACCUACUACCGCGGCUACGGCGUCGAGCCCUUUGUGCUGUGUGUCGAGGCCUCGGACGAGACCAAGUUUGGCGGCACGGCGUUUGCUGUUGACUCUUUGGAGGAGCUGGAGAGGGCGAGCAAGACCUUGCCAAAGGAGGCCAAGGCUACUGAUGUGUAUGAGAUGGAGGGCGCGCCAGGCGGCGGCAAGUGUGUGACCUUCUAUGACCCCGUGGAUGGCUUCCCCUUCCACCUGGUUUAUGGUCAGGAGCUGGUCGAGCCCUUGAGCCUGGAGCUGCCUGAGCCGAAGCCCAACUAUCCCGAGAAGCAGUACCGCGGCGUCAAUCAAACCCAACGCUUCCAGAAGCGCCCUGCGCCGGUCCACAAGCUCGGCCACUUUGGCUUGUGCGUGACAAACUACAAGAAGGCCUUUGAGUUCUACUCGACCUACUUCAACUUCCACCCCUCUGAGCUGAUCCACAACGACGCCGGCGAGGACGUCACCGUUUUCUUCCGCCUUGGAAAGGGCCCAGAGCGAGUCGAUCACCACUGCUUCUUCUUCUUUGAGGGCCCUCGCGCCCCACACGUCCACCACAGCAGCUUCGAGACGCACGACUUCGACGCUCAGGUCCUGGGCCACGACUGGCUCCGCCACAAGGGCUAUGAGAACUGCUGGGGCGUCGGGAGGCAUAUCAUGGGAAGCCAGAUCUUUGACUACUGGUUCGACCCCAGCAAGUUCAUCUUGGAGCACUAUGUCGACGGCGACCUGCUGGACCAGGACUAUCCCACUCAGCAUAGCGCGAUGAGCAUGGAUAACCUGCAUGUCUGGGGACCGGAUCUGCCACCGACAUUCUUGUCAUGAGUGGCGUGGUUACUCCCGCAGGCCUCGCCACGAUACCAAGUUGAAGUAUUCGGCAAGGGUCACUGUGGGCAAAAUUUGACCAGCGCAGCCCAUUUUUCAGUCUUUCCAUGUUUGCUGCUGCACGCCAUUCAUUUAUCUAUCUCAACAGGGCCGGAUAGUGUGAACAACUAAUCUUUUUUCUUGGAGGCUAUUUGGGUUUUCUUCUCCCUGGAGGUCUUUGUCUCAUUUUUUUUUUUACUCCACGAUGGAAAGCACCAUGGGGUUCUCAGUAUUCCCUCAAAUGACUGUUUGGUCUUGUAGGUCAUGAUCAAUUACUGUUGGACGGUACAAUAGCUUGUUAGCUCGUGUUUGAGGAUCAUCAGCCUCGUGGAGAAGGGAAUUUUCAAAUCGGAAGCUACCCCUUCAAUCCCUAGUAUCUUGACUGCGUGGGGAGUAUUGGUCGAUGGAAAAUGCGAUUAAAAUAUAACAAAAUACCUAAGGUAGUAGAAAGCUAGCUCUCAUCACUUCCACAUUUUAUUUACGCGUGGAGGCCAGAGCCUGCCGACAUAUUUACACAAAAACGAAAGAAAAAAACCACCAAUUAAACAAACUAACCCUUUCAUUCUCACGACCUCUCCUCACCUUGAGCCUCCCGUGGUAUCUUGUGCGCCCUGUCGGUACAGCACCAACAACUCCUCGCGCAGGCUCGUCAGCUCACUCGCCACUCUCUGUGGACCUCCACCGGGUAUCAAGCUGGGGGGCACAGCGCCCAUCCCCGCCGCUGUCGUCGUAGUCGUCGUCCGAGCACCAGACGUCCACGAGCUCCCCGAGGACAUUUGCUCUGGCGCACCCGAGGACUGGGACCAGUGGCUAGUGAGAUAUGCCUUUGCAUCCUCACGAGAGAACGAUACAGACUCGCGUCGGUUGACCUCCGGGCCUGUGGCGUCUAGCUCGGAGAUGUCGUCCUGAGAAGAAGGUGGCGGUUGAUAUUGCUGUUGCUGAGGCAUGUAGGCGAUAUUGGGUGGUAGUGGUGGAAUAUCCUGUGCUGCUGCCGCCGAUGAGCCCGAGUACUGGACCCCACCUUUCUGAGAUACACCACGAGCGGCCCAGCGGCUCCACCGC